AUGGGUGACAUGGAUUAUCUUUUUAAACCUAUUGUACUUGUAACUGGGUUUGGCCCUUUUCUUAAUCACCCAGUCAAUGCAAGCUGGGAAGCCGUAAAAUUGAUGAAUAAAGAGGAAAUAGAAAAGAAACAUAAUGUAGAAUUAGUUACGAUAGAGAUGCCUGUCACGUACGAAAAUGUGGACGAAUUCGUUCCAGCGCUUUGGGAAACUCAUACACCUAAGUUAAUGAUACAUGUUGGUGUAUCAAGUAUAGCAAAUAAAAUGACACUAGAAGCUCAAGCUCAUAGAAAGGGCUACCAAAGAUUAGACUAUUUUGAGAAAUGCCCAGCUAACCAUGUAUGUACCGCUGAAGGAGCUAUAAGAAUACAUACAAAACUUGAUGUAGAAAGGAUAUGUAAAGAAUUUAAUGAAAAUAAUCCACAAAAUGAUACUGGUGCAAUUGUAUCAAAAGAUGCUGGAAGAUAUCUAUGUGAAUAUAUUUACUACACAUCGCUGAGCGUGGACAAUAAACGAACUCUCUUCAUUCAUGUCCCAGAUAUGAACAUUUAUUCUUCAGAGCAAACAGCAAAAGCGCUAGAAAGUAUUUUAGAUUUAUGUUGGGAGCAAGUGAAAACAAUGGAUUCUGCUAAAGAAGUCACUGACAAGUUACAAAAUUCAAACUUAUUAUCAGAAAUU